UGGGGAGAGAGUGGUUGUCGAAGCAGAGUUGGUGCUCAGAGGCUCGACAGUAGUGCUGCUAUGGUUAUGGUGGUGGCUGUGGUGGCCGUCAUGGGGGCGGUGGUCGGGUCUGUGGUGCUCUGGACGGUGGUGCUCGGGGCGAUGAUGAUUGGGAUCAUGAGCCAAGCCGACAGUCGUGUGACUGGAGGAGUGGGUGCGAGUGUGGUUGGAGGAGUGGGUUUCGUGACCACGAUGGUCGUCCUUGGGAUAGGGACGGGCCUGGGCAGCAACCAAGAGUGCCAGGAGCACAAUGGCGACAGUGGCUUUGAAUGUUGGGCAGAUCAUUAGAAGAUGUCACUGCGGAUCAGGGGCGAUCUGGGCGAUGGGCAAAAGGAAGCAGGAGUUGUCCGUGAUG